AUGUCAUGUGUUGAAGAUGGUGAAUGUGAGGUGUGGGUGAUGGAUGACUAUGGGGUGGCUGAAUCAUGGGUCAAACAUCAUGUUUUUUCUCAGUUUAGUGGUGAUAUUGAUCCAUAUGGAUUCACAUUACACAACGAGUUUCUUUUUAAUGCUUACAAAAGUCAUCUAGCUUUGUAUGAUCCAAAUGCAACAUCGGUUAAAACCUUCAAGAUUCCCUGGUUUAAGGUUUUAGGUGUAGCUAAAAUUGUUAAUUAUGUGGACAGCCUUGUUUGGGUAGCACCUGGUGAAUGUGAGACCAGAGCAUCUCUUGAUUGCAUAUCUGAAAAGAAGCAUCAGUAG